AUGAAGCGCUCUCUCUACUCGGUUGACGUAGCGGCGGCUGCAGGUGCUACUCCUGCUCCCUCUCAGCCUGCUGUGGCGCCGUUUCAAAGGCCAGUAAGUCGGGGGCGCCUGUGCAACCCCCUGCUGUAUCCUCCUUUGCAGACUCGCAGUCAGGACGAGUCGGAUGCGCGAGGUGGAUUUGCACUGCCAGGCUCGCCAGGAGUCCACCGAUCUCGUGAACCGCCCGGCAACAAAGCCACGCAGAAAGAGCAGCGCUCAACGUUCCCCCCGCAAACACAAGAAGUCAUUACGGUAGAGGACGACGAGGAUGAAGGCGCUUCUCCCCCUCCCUUUUUCGCCUCAGGAGCGCCACAGACUGCUGCGGGCAGCAGCAGCAGGGGUCCCCGCGAUGACACCACUACUGCCACCACGAGCAGCAGCAGCAGCACCAGCAGCAGCAGCAGUACCGGCAGCAGCAGCAGCACCAGCAGCAGCAGCACACGCAGCCCCCCCAGCGGCAGCGGAGGCGAAGAGCAGCUCGUGGAGGCGACCGCGUCUUCGCCUCGGUGCGAUGGCGGAUCUGUCGGCAGCACCGGUGCUGGAGAAGUGUCUGUACAGCACAGCAGAGCUCCUGUGGACCACUCGGAAGCCCCUUGGAUUGUCAAAGCGUUUAGUGGAGCGCACAGCAAAAGCCUCUGGCUGUACGGACGGCAGCGGCCUGAGCAGCUCGAAAAGCAUCUGUCAGACUUGCGGACGAAGGUGUCGGUGGGGAAGGUUUCUUUGCGCAACCCUCUGUUCCCUUCCGCAGCCUCGGCAGCAGCCAUCAUGCGCGCUGUCUCGCAGAUUCGUCGAGUCACUUCGUUCACUCUGAGCGCCGCGGAGAUGCCCGAGGAGCAGUUCGUUGCGGUCUGCGAAGAACUGGGCGGGUGCUCUUACCUCAACCACGUGGACUGCAACGCAAUCGGCAGCAAACCGCUUCGUCCGGCGGCGCUGCAGCUGCUGCUGCAGCAGCUGCAGCGUCUCCCAGACUUGCGAGAGGUCAACCUUUCAGGCAAUGAAUUCUUGUCUCCGGGAGAGGCUUUUUCUCAGGGAGAGUCUGGAAAGGGGGGACUGCUGGAUGGCUUCCAGCUGCUCAAAGGCCUCCUCUUGCGUGGAGUGCUGUGCCUCUUGGCAAGAGAAUGUGGUCUUCGGCAGCUUCGGCAAUUCCUGGUGUGGGUGCUGAACCGCUGCCACUGCUUGCGGCUGAGGCAGCUCGAUCUCGGUGCCUCGUCGAAGCUGCUCACCACGGUAGUUCCUGGCGAAACGUUCGAUGAGGAACUUCUUCGCCGGGUGUCGCAGCUUUCGAAGUCUACAUGGCGCAUGGGCAAGGUGAUUGGAGACUAUGCGCCUUCAUUUCAGGCGGUGGACUUGUGGAAGCCGCACAUGACGCAAACCUUCUGGCUGUACUGUCUGCUAGACGCGAUGGUUGCCUCGAAUGCAGCAGCAGGAGCAGCGGGGUGCCUGCCGAGGGAUGCAGCUGCAUGCAAGGCUUCCGAUUCUUCGCUGUCGCAUGCAGCAUUAGGAGGCUUUGCGCGCUUGCCCCUUGUUCGCGUCUGGGGGAUUCCAACGGAUAAUACCGUCGCCACGCCAGCGCAUGCCCCCCAUUUCAGGUAUGGUUCGCUAGUUGCGCGGCUUGGCGAUCGCUGUCUGAUUCGCUGGAUUUCACUAGGCGCUUUCCUCGCGGCAGUAGAGGAAGAUCUGCUUGCCUGCCAGACGGCGGCAACUCGCCUCCCCCAGCAGCAACAGCAACAGCAGCAACAGCAGCAACAGCAGCAACAGCAACAGCAGCAACAGCAACAGCAACAGCAGCAACACUGUUGUGGAGCAGCGCAGCCGCGCGGCAUAUCCUUGCAGUCUGCUUCUGCGAUUGUAUCGAGGAAGUCUUUUUCUCAGCAGCCACAGCGAGGCACUGUGGGAGGCCGUUCUUCGGCUCGGCUUGCCGGUAUAUUCGGGGGAACAGGAGUGCACACCAACUCCCUCACAGACACGUUUGGCGCUUACGAUGCAUGCGUAGAGGCAGCUCGAGUAGAACCUGCCGUGUUUGCUUUUGCUGCCUGGCGACAGCAACAGCAACAACGCGGAAACAAGUGCCUAAGGCCAGGGCAGUGGGUGGAAGUUUUGGCGUCUAAGAAAGAGGACAAGCGCUUUUUUUACUCCUCCAUUGGCGUCGUGCAACAGGUAGCACCAAGCUCGGACGGCAGCGCAAUCGUGUACCGCGUGGAGUUCUUAGGUUUGCCGCCUCGUUCCUUCACUCGUCUGACAUUAGGAGGUUCCCCAGCUCCGUCCGAUAUAGCGGCUGUUUUGCGGAGCACUGUGAGGGUUGCAGUAGUGUCUGCUGAGAAGCUUCGCCCUCUCGUCUUUCUGUCUCCGAGCGCGCACUGGACUCUAGAAGCCUUGAGAGCGAAGUGUGGCAAAUCGAACUGCGUAGAUCUGCCGGAUGCUUACGGGAUCGACCUCAAGUGCCCAGCCUACGGGGGGCAGGUUGUGUAUGCUUGCCCAGUUUCAGGUAGUCCAGCGACAAAGUCGAGCUCGGGGGGCAGUGUCUCCGAGGCUGGCGCUCGCGUCGAUGGGUUUGAAGGUUUGGGGAGUUCGUUGCAUGCAGCUCUGUUGCCGGGUUAUCGGUGGCACAUACAGUUGAAUUGCCAGCACCUCGAGUUUGCUGCGAAGCAGCUUUUGCAUCCUCGGCAGCUGUUCAGUCGCUUUGGGGUUGAGGGGAGCGUAUCCGACGGCGGCUCUGCGGAUCAGUUCUGGCCGCUGGGGGUGAGCGAUGUGCCUCCGCCUCUGUUGGCUGCUCCUUUGCGCAAUCCGAGUGCGUCUGCGAAGAAGCAGCAGAGACUCACAGCUGCGGCUCAAAAGAUCCUGGAGGCACCUCUCACCGACACGCAGCAGAGACCUUCCCUGAAGCGCACCCCGCAGGAUGCGUCGGUGGUAGUCGAGCUGUCAGAUGAAGAUGCCCCCAUGCGCGAGGGAGAGGCACUGCAGAGCUUGCCGAAGGGGAGCGCCGUUCUCACUCCGGGGGGAGGCGGAGGCAGAGGCGAACUCAGCAGCAGUACGGCCCCUCCGGACGGAGGGGGGGAAAUUUCGGCGGCGUUUGCUGAGGCGGAGGAGGAGAGAGGCGGAGACUCGGAGCUCGCAGGCAGCAUUGACAGCGCCAUGUGGCAGACGGUUCGCACGUGUCGGAGAUGCCUCAUGCCGCUCACCGAGAGCAGCUCGACGACUGAAGAGAGAGCGGGGGAGACGGCGGAGGGCCUCUUCCUCCCUGCCACCACGACUACCCCUGCCCCCUCCCGAGAGGCUUCGGAAGGAGUUUCGUGGAACGAGGGUGCCUCAGCAACGACAGGCGUUCGCAGACGCUUCAGGGCAUAUGUGCGACAAAUCAAGGCGGAAAACAGCUUGCGGGAGAGACGGCGUCUUCAUCAGCUCCUGGAUGACUUGCAACUCCCCCUGCCGCUCUUGCGGGAAAGCUGGGCACUUCCUUCAGGAAGAAGAACUAGAAAUACUGGCAGCCGCAAUGGUGGCUUAGGUAGCAGCGGGAGUCUCAACAAGUCUCGGCGCAAAAUGGCAGAAAGCUACUCUCUUGAACAGCAAGCGUUCGAGAGGUGCCUGCAAGUCGUAGGAGGAGCCACUGCCCCAGCGUCGGCCGUUGGGGGGGGGCCACACCGCAGCAGCAGCAGCACUAGCAGCAGCAGCAGCAGCAGCAGCAGCAGUAGCAGUAGUAGCAGCAGCAGCAGCAACGGCUGCGGCAGCGGACUGCUUGGGCAGGCGGUGGAUAGCGCCAGUGGGAACGGGUGUGCUGCUGCUGCUGCUGCUGCCUGCAGCAGCAGCAGCAGCAGCAGCUGGCGGGAAGGGGGUGUAGGGGGCAACCAGGGAGCUGCUGCUUGCGAGUGCUGCUGCACCUGCGGGGAGUGUGCCUGUUGCUCUCAGCGCAUGCGUUUUUGCAGCGCAGACUACCACGAGCCAGUGGGGUUCCUUGUGCCUCCCGAGGUGCUGUCUUCCUCUUCUUCUGCGUCAGGACCAGCGAGAGCGCUUGAAAUUAGCUCAGAGGAGUGGGAUCUCGUGACGAGAGCUUUGAGUAUCCUUGUGAAUCGGGGCGUUAUUGGUUUGGUGGCUCACGACAGAACGUCUUCCCACAUCAAGGUUCGCUUGCUGCCGCUGCCUUCCUCGCUGCCGUCUGGUGCGAAGCAGUCGGGCAGCUCCCUCGGGGGAUUCGCCGCGGCUGCGGGAGCUUCUUUGAUCACGCCAGCAGCUCUGGAAGAGGACGAGGCUGUGCAGGAGCUUCGACGCGUGUUGGAGCAACGCAGGGAGUGCUCCUACGGGGAUGGCGACGAGGUACAGGUGCAGGGGGGGGAGGUGACACCCGCUGUCUCGGAAGGAGGCGCUACCACGCGUCUAGGGGCGAGUGCGGAGGGGGUCCCCCGCUGGGAAGGCGGUGGAGUUUUGUGCGAGCGGUGUGUCGGAGAUGGAUGGAUCUCCGAGCUGUCUCUGCCUAAGCUGCUAGACAAGUAUCGCGCGGGGCAUACGGACAGCACAUGCAACGCUCCGGCGUGCAGCAAUGUGGGGAGUCGUUGCGGAUGUCGGGGAGCUGCCAGGAGGCGCAAGCCGAAUGCAGCGAAGCCUCUGGUGUUUGGGUGGAGUCGCAACAGUGCAUAUCACGGGCUUGCUGCUUCGGCUCAAGCCUGCAAUAUGAGUCGGGAGGAUGCAGAGGUUACUUACAGCGAAUAUGCCGCAAUGCAGCUCGAGGGCUUGCACUGA